AUGGGCCAGGACCAAACCAAGCAGCAGGUAGAGAAAGGCUUAAAGCUGUACCAGGCCAAUCAGACUGACAAAGCCCUGCAUGUCUGGACCAAGGUGCUGGAGAAGACCUCAGACCCCGGGGGGAAGUUCAGAGUGCUGGGCUGUCUCAUCACCGCCCACUCGGAGAUGGGAAAGUAUAAAGAGAUGCUCAAGUAUGCCUUGGCCCAGAUAGACACAGCCAGGGAGAUGGAGGACCCAGACUACCUGACUGAGGGCUACCUUAACCUGGCUAGGAGCAACGAGAAGCUGUGUGACUUCCAGAAGACUGUGUCCUACUGUAAGACCUGCCUCAACAUGCAGGGAACCACUGUCAGUCUGCAACUUAACGGACAGGUGUGUCUGAGCAUGGGCAAUGCGUUCCUGGGCGUCAGUGUGUUCCAGAAGGCUCUAGAGAGCUAUGAGAAGGCCCUGCGCUACGCCCACAACAACGAUGACAAGAUGCUGGAGUCUAGAGUCUGCUGCAGCCUGGGGAACUUCUACAUCCAGCUCAAGGACUAUGAGAAAGCCCUGUUCUUCCUGUACUAUGAGAAAGCCCUGUUCUUCCUGUCUAAGGAGAUCAUACCUUACUGUACAAAAACCCGGAGGAUAGUGGAGUCCAUGAAGAUAGCCCUGCAGCACGGGGACCGACCUCUCCAGGCACUGUGCUUACUGAACUUCGCCGAUAUCCACCGCUGCCGGCAUGACGUUGAUCUGUGUAGUCUAAAGGUGCACUGUCUCAGUGAGGGGAUCUACCGCAGUAAGGAGAGUCAGGAGGAGCUAAGGGAGCAGGUUGUGAAGUUCCUGCAGUGUGUGGAGGAACUGGAGCUGUACUGUGGAAUGUGUGGCGAGUCCAUAGGAGAGAAGAACCAACAGCUGCAGGCCCUGCCCUGCUCUCACAUCUUCCACCUCCAGUGUCUACAGAACAACGGUUCCAAGGGCUGCCCCAAAUGUCGUCGGUCCUCCAUGAAGCCUGGGUUUGUGUGAGGUUACGAGGCACCGUGCCUGGGACUUGAGGACACUAUGUGAUAACACUCUGUGAAGCUCCGACCUCAGUCACAUAGCAGAGCCAGACUGCUGAACACACAUCUGAAUGUCUGAACUAAUCUGAACACAUAUCUUAAUGGGCAGACUGCUGAACACACAUCUGAAUGUCUGAACUAAUCUGAACACAUAUCUGAAUGGGCAGACUGCUGAACACACAUCUGAAUGUCCGAACUAAACUGAACCCAUAUCUGAAUGUCUGAACUAAUCUGAACACAUAUCUGAAUGUCCGAACUAAACUGAACACACAUCUGAACACAUAUCUGAACACACAUCUGAAUGUCCGAACUAAACUGAACCCAUAUCUGAAUGUCUGAACUAAUCUGAACACAUAUCUGAAUGUCUGAACUAAUCUGAACACACAUCUGAAUGUCCGAACUAAACUGAACCCAUAUCUGAAUGUCCGAACUAAACUGAACACACAUCUGAAUGUCUGAACUAAACUGAACACAUAUCUGAAUGUCUGAACUAAUCUGAACACACAUCUGAAUGUCUGAACUAAACUGAACACACAUCUGAAUGUCUGAACUAAUCUGAACACACAUCGGAUACAGUUUGUUGCCUGGCUGCUGUGUUCAGAGGAUGUGCCACAGAAACGGAACCAGCCCAUUACCUCGCCCCCGGGCUACUUGCUACCGAGGAACAGCUGGCUGGUAGACAAGACUAACAAUCCCAGUGUGAGGACAGCCAGGACUGUAGUUCAAGACAGAGUUCAAAGGUCACCACUCCUCCGGUUUUUGUACAGUAAGUAUGUCUCCUUAGCUGACACAGAUAAGGAGGAUACAGUGAUAGAUUUAUUACACUGUUGUACAUGAUUUACUGUUUGUUUUUUUGUCAGAGGGUGAGGAGGAAGAAAUCCAAUAUACUUAGUUUUGUGGACGUCUGUUUUAGAUAAAUCUGAUAGUUUAGCAUAAUGUUCACUUUACUUUGGUUAGGGUAUGCUGGAAGAUUCAUUGCAAGCAUGUAAUUGGAAAUGAUGUGAAACAUUAUUGUUUGGGAUAAAGUGAAAUCACUAGGAUUUUGGCCACACGUUAUAUUAUUCAAAUUGAACAAAAAUUGUAUUUGAAAUAUACCCAUCGAAAGGCAAAUUGAGCCGUGUGUUUUUUUUAUAAAUGAUUACUGUAUAAAUGAUUACUGUAAAGUGUUUAAUGGCCGUAUGUCAUGAAGAUAUUUCUGUACAACCUUUUUAUCAUCAGUGAACACACUGUACGUUGUCCAAUCACAGUUGAGAACACAACACUUCAACUAAAGAAUGCAUAGUCACGAAGAUCAAACGCUGAUCGAAUGGACGGUCAGGAUAUACUUGUGUUCGUUUUACUUUAGCAUUUGAUAAAAAACUAUAAACUAGUAUUUGUCCUUACUGCAGGGGUAUGCAGCUUCCCCCUUUUUUUCAACUUACAGUAAGUUGAAUUUUCACUUAAGUCUCCCAUUAACAUCAGUGCACGACUAAGUGAAAACUUAACUCGAGUGAACGCUAGGAUUCACCCCCUGAGUGACUAAGGAGCAGUUCAACCCACAUUGUGUUAUUAAUUAUCAGGUGUGCUUGCUGAAGGCAACUCUAAAUGUCUUAUUAUUAUUCCGCGCUUAAACAAGUUAAGCUAUAAACAUGAAAAUAACUUGUAAAUAUGCAGACUACCCGAGCUUAGAUGGCUUGAGAACAUUCAUACUUUUUGAACUAUAAUAAUAUUUGGAUGAGCUCCCAGUGCGUUUCAAGGAAACAGAAAAGGUCCGUAGACUUGGUAAAGAAAUCAACACUUCUACACCCAUCUCCUCUUUCACUGUUUAAGCUAACAACUCCAAACCAGAUGUUCAGACUGGCCCAACUUAGUAUGAAAACUCCUUCGAUAAGCAAUCUGUCUAUACUUUUUGGAACUGUAGCCAUUUCAAAUGUGCAUAGAUUAGCAUGGGGUUUGAAUGAGAACCAUAGGAAUACAGAGGCAGCUGUUCAAAAAGGUCCUGCUCCUUGGACAAUCAAGCUAAAAUACUAACUUUACAACACUCAGGCUAUCCUAACUUCACAUUAUUUAACAUAUAAAACACUCAGGCUAUCCUAACUUCACAUUAUUUAACAUCUUUAUCAAGUAUAACUAUAUAAAAUAGCAAUUUAUUUCAGGAAAUGUCCUUUUCUAGUUAAGUAUUGAUUACUUUUUCUAUCCAGCAUCUAUUUCUGGAAAACGAAAAGUAUAUGUUUAUUUUGAGUCUAUAACACUACAACACUAUUCAAAGCAAAAUAUUGUUGGGAAUGAAGAAAAAUGAGAUCAUGUAUUAUUGGGAAAACGAUGUUGUCUGACCAAUCACACGCAUGUAGAAUAAUAAUAAACUGUAGAGAUAUUUUCAUUUAUUUAGUUGUUGUAGCUCUGGUGUAAAUAAGAUUGGUUCUGAUGGGGAUCAUCAGCAGUAACACAAUGUGGAUAGUUGUUGCAUGUUUUCUUUGCCAAGUAGAACAAGUAAUCAAUCGUUUUAUUAAUAUACAAAUGGGGUUUUUUGAUUAUCGAAAGUCACACUUUAUAUAAACACAAUGGCUUUUCUAUUUACUGAUUGAUAAUAUUCAUAUUUAUAUCAUUGUUAAUCACCAUUUUUUCUUACAGAUUUCCAAUAAUAUUAAGUAGACUGUAUGAACAUAUACACCAACAAUAUUGUGGAGUUUUUUCAUUUGAUAAUCAAUCCUAACUUAUUUGGAAUGCAUUGCAACUUUCUAGAAUGAAUCGUUUUACCUUAAUUCACUUUGUUUAAUGUGUAAGACAUAUAUUUUACUGGAAUGCAUUGCAACUUUCUAGAAUUAAUUGUUUUGCAUCGUAACUUUGUUAAAUGUGUAAGAAAUAUAUUUUCUGAUGUAACAUUUUGUAAUUUUAUAUUUAAUCCAUUUCGAUAUAAUGAUACAUCUGGUCAAAAUGUUUUGAUUAUAAAAUGGAAUAUGAACAAUUCUUAGAAUGUAUUUAUUGUUGUAUUUUUA